AGGCGCAGCCCCUCCGGCCGCCGCUGCCUGCCUGCCUGCCUGCCUGCGGCCCGGCCCUGCGCGCCGGGACUCGACCCCCGGCUCCAGGGCCUCCCUCCCCGCUUCUCCCCUGGGCGCUCUGCGGGCUGGGCGAUGGGUCGCUCCUGUAUUUCCGACAUCAAGUGUCUCCCCUUGAAAGAGGCCAAGUCACCGGGCAGCAAAAAUGCCUCCCAGUAACCAGACUCGAGUUUUGCUUCUCAGCGCCAUGGAAAAGCGGGAGAAGACCCUCUUCAGGCUUGAGCAAGGUUUUGAACUGCAAUUCCGACUGGGCCCAACAUUACAAGGCAAGCAUGUUACAGUGUACACUAAUUACCCAGCUUCUGGAGAAUUAUUCUAUCGCCGCAAGUUCAGGGCACUGUCAUGGCACAACCCAACAGGAAGAGAAGAUGAUUCUGACAAAUAUUGUAAACUGGAUCUCCAAAUUUCUGGAUCAUACCAGUAUUAUUUCAGUCUUGAAAAUGAGAAAAGUGGUGGAGGUUACAUAGUUGUGGAUCCUAUUUUGCGUGUUGGAGCCGAUAAUCAAGUAUUGCAUUUGGACUGUGUUACACUCCAGACAUUCCUAGCUAAGUGUCUGGGACCAUUUGAAGAAUGGGAAGAUCGUCUUAAAGUUGCAAAAGAAUCAGGUUACAACAUGAUUCAUUUUACGCCAUUGCAAAAACUUGGAUUAUCUAGAUCAUGCUACUCUCUGGCUGAUCAGUUAGAAGUAAAUCCUGACUUUUCAAGCCCAAAUAAAAAGUGUACUUGGAGCAAUAUAGGAAACCUACUGGAAAAAAUGAAAAAUGAAUGGAAUAUGCUUUGUAUAACAGAUGUAGUCUACAAUCAUACUGCUGCUAACAGCGAAUGGAUUAGGGUGCAUCCAGAAUGUGGUUAUAAUCUUGUAAAUUCUCCCCAUCUGAAACCAGCCUGGAUCUUAGACAGGGCUCUCUGGCAUUUAAGCUGUAGUGUGGCUGAAGGGAAAUACAGAGAUAAGGGGCUGCCUUCUUCAAUUGAAAAUGACCAUCACCUGAAUUGUAUCCGUAAAAUAAUUUGGGAGGAUAUUUAUCCCAAGAUAAAACUAUGGGAAUUUUUCCAAGUAGAUGUUAACAAAGCUGUGCAGCAAUUUAAAACCCUUCUGACUCAAGGUAACAGGAAAACUAAAUCUGAUCCAAACCAACGUCUUCAAAUAAUUCAGGAUCCUGAAUAUAAGCGACUUGGCUGUACUGUAGACAUGAAUAUCGCAUUGGCAACAUUCAUACCACAUAGCAAUGGGCCAGCUGCAAUAGAAGAAUGCUGUAACUGGUUCCAAAAGAGAAUUGAAGAAUUAAAUGCUGAGCAGUUCCAGCAAACUACCUACCAUCAAGAGCAGGCAGUCACUUGUCUUCUGGAGACUGUGGUUUAUGAGAGACUGGCUGACCACGGUCCUAAACAGGGUCCUGUUAGUAGAAAAUACCCUUUAGUUACCAGAUACUUUACUUACCCAUUUAAAGAGAUGACCUUGGAAGAGGAAGAACUUCUGAUGCAUCAGCCUGAUAAAGCUUGUCAUUUCUUGGCUCAUAACGGUUGGGUAAUGGGAGAUGAUCCUCUGAGAAACUUUGCUGAACCAGGUUCAAAUGUUUACCUAAGAAGAGAACUUAUUUGCUGGGGAGACAGUGUCAAACUGCGCUAUGGAAAUAAACCAGAAGACUGCCCUUAUCUGUGGGCACAUAUGAAAAAAUACACUGAAAUUACUGCCAAAUAUUUCCAUGGAGUACGUCUUGACAACUGUCACUCAACCCCUCUUCAUGUAGCUGAGGAGAUGCUAGCAGCAGCCAGGUCAGUCAGACCUAAUCUGUAUGUGAUAGCUGAACUCUUCACGGGCAGUGAGCACAUUGACAAUGUCUUUGUCAACCGCCUGGGAAUUACCAGUCUUAUUAGAGCCUUGUAUCCUUUUUUUUCUGUUCUGCCUUUUCCUUUUCUGUGGUUUCCUUGGCUGUGCUUUUUGCAGUACAUGCUGGACACAGCUAGAAAACUGCGUGCUGAUUUGUAUGUAGUGGCUGAGCUGUUCACAGGAAGUGAGGAGUUGGACAAUAUCUUUGUGACUAGAUUGGGCCUUAGCUCCUUAAUAAGAGAGGCAAUGAGUGCAUAUAACAGUCAUGAAGAGGGAAGAUUAGUUUACCGCUUUGGAGGAGAACCAGUUGGGUCUUUUGUUCAGCCACAUUUGAGACCUUUAAUGCCAGCUAUUGCACAUGCACUGUUUAUGGAUGUUACACAUGAUAAUGAAUGUCCUAUUCAGCACCGAUCUGAGUAUGAUGCUCUUCCCAGCUCAAUGAUUGUGUCCAUGGCAUGCUGUGCUACAGGAAGCACCAAAGGCUAUGAUGAGCUAGUACCACACCAGAUUUCUGUAGUCUCUGAAGAGAGGUUUUAUGCUAAAUGGAAUCCAGCAGCGACACCCUCUACUCCUGGUGAAGUUAAUUUCCAAACUGGAAUUAUAGCAGGAAGGCUGGCCAUGAACAGGCUGCACCAAGAGCUGGGAGCCAAAGGCUUCAUUCAGGUGUAUGUGGAUCAAGUUGAUGAAGAUAUAGUAGCAGUGACUAGGCAUUGUCCUAACACACACCAAUCUGUAGUGGCUGUGUCUCGUACUGCUUUCAGAGAUCCUAAAACCUCUUCCUACAGCAAAGAAGUACCUCAAAUGUGCAUCCCAGGCAAAAUUGAAGAGGUAGUGCUUGAGGCUAGAACUAUUGAGAGAAAUGUUAGUCCUUAUAAAAAAGAUGAGCAUUUUAUCAACGGAUUACCUAAUUACACAGUAGAGAUCAGAGAACACAUCCAGAUCCAAGAAAGUAAAAUUAUAAAGCAAGCUGGAACUGCCAUAAAAGGUCCCAAUGAAUUUGUGCAAGAAAUAGAAUUUGAAAACUUAACACCAGGAAGUGUGAUAAUAUUCAGAGUUAGUCUCGACCCAAAGGCACAAGAGGCUGUCGGUGUACUCCGUAAUCACCUGAUCCAAUUCAGUCCUCAUUUUAAAGCUGGAAGUCUUCCUGAUGACCGUUCAGCACCUAUAUUAAAAAAUCUUUUUUCUUCUAUUGCAUCUAAAUUAACCUUGGCUGAUUUGAAUCAAGUACUGUAUCGGUGUGAUGCUGAGGAACAAGAGGAUGGUGGAGGAUGUUACAACAUACCAAACUGGUCACCUCUUAAAUAUGCAGGCUUGCAAGGAUUAAUGUCAGUCAUGGCAGACAUUAGACCAAAGAAUGAUUUGGGUCAUCCUUUUUGUGGUAAUUUGAGAUCUGGGGAUUGGAUGAUUGACUACGUCAGUGACCGUCUAAUUUCACGUGCAGGAGCCUGUACAGAAGUCGGUAAAUGGUUGAAGGCCAUGUUCGUCUACCUAAAGCAGAUUCCACGUUACCUUAUCCCAUGUUACUUUGAUGCCAUAUUAGUGGGUGCAUACACAACUCUUCUAGAUCUGGCAUGGAGUCAGAUGUCUAGCUUUGUUCAGAAUGGAUCAACAUUUGUUAAACACCUUUCUUUGGGUUCAGUCCAGAUGUGUGGGAUAGGAAAAUAUCCUUCUCUGCCAAAUCUGUCUCCUACUUUACAUGAUGUCCCCUAUAGGAUGAAUGAAAUCACAAAAGAGAAAGAACAGUGCUGUGUUUCCUUAGCAGCUGGUUUACCACAUUUUUCAUCUGGCAUUUUCCGCUGCUGGGGAAGGGAUACCUUUAUUGCACUGAGAGGUCUAAUGUUGAUUACUGGGCGUUAUUUAGAAGCAAGGAACAUAAUUUUAGCAUUUGCUAGUACCAUGAGACAUGGUCUUAUUCCCAAUCUGCUUGGCCAAGGGACCCAUGCCAGAUUCAAUUGCCGUGAUGCUGUGUGGUGGUGGCUUCAGUGUAUACAGGAUUACUGUAAAAUUGUUCCAAAUGGCACAGACAUUCUCAAGUGUCCUGUUUCCAGAAUGUAUCCUACAGAUGAUUCUCCUGCUCAGCCUGCAGGCACAUUGGACCAACCACUGUAUGAAGUAAUACAGGAAGCUAUGCAACAACAUAUGCAAGGCAUAGAAUUCCGAGAAAGGAACGCUGGUCCACAGUUAGAUCGAAAUAUGAGGGAUGAAGGUUUUAAUGUGACUGUAGGUGUCGACCAUGAAACUGGUUUUGUCUUUGGAGGGAACCGCUUUAAUUGUGGCACAUGGAUGGAUAAAAUGGGAGAGAGUGAUAAAGCUCGCAACAAAGGAAUUCCAGCUACUCCAAGAGAUGGAUCUGCUGUGGAAAUUGUUGGCCUUUGUAAAUCAACUAUUCGUUGGCUGCUGGAGUUGUCAAAGAAAAAAGUGUUUCCUUAUCAGGGAGUCACCAUAAAAAGGCAUGGAAAAAAGGAAACCAUCACAUAUGACGAGUGGAACGGGAAGAUUCACGGGCACUUUGAAAAGCUGUUCUUUGUCUCUGAGAACCCAGCAGAUCCUAACGAAAAACAUCCAAAUCUGGUUCACAAGCGUGGCAUAUACAAGGACAGCUAUGGAGCUUCAAGUCCUUGGUGCGAUUACCAGCUCAGGCCAAAUUUUACUAUAGCAAUGGUUGUGGCCCCUGAGAUAUUCAGUCCUGAGAGAGCUUGGAAAGCUCUUGAGAUAGCAGAGGAAAAGCUGCUUGGUCCACUGGGAAUGAAAACGUUGGAUCCAGAUGAUAUGGUUUACUGUGGAGUAUAUGAUAAUGCCCUGGACAGUGACAACUACAAUGUUGCCAAAGGUUUUAAUUACCAUCAAGGACCUGAAUGGCUCUGGCCUAUUGGAUAUUUCCUUCGUGCAAAGUUGUACUUUUCCAGAUUAAUUGGUCCAGAGAUGUAUGCAAAGACGGUCGUUUUGAUUAAGAAUGUUCUCUCUCGCCAUUAUGUUCAUCUUGAGAGGUCAUCCUGGAAGGGGCUUCCAGAGCUGACAAAUGAAAAUGGGCAAUAUUGUCCAUUCAGCUGUGAAUCACAAGCCUGGUCAAUUGCUGUUAUCCUUGAAGUUCUUUAUGAUUUGUAAAAGUUGUCUUUGAUUACUUGGUAAAAUUUGCUAUGUACUUAUAUUCAAAAGGUACAAAUGAACAGUUUGCUCAUACUGUAGUGAAAAUGUUUUGCACAGUCACUUAAAUAACUAUAUGGUCUGAUUUUUUCCAAAGGUGCUUAGUAUCUGUAUCUCCCAUUCACGGAAGAGGUAUUUAAGAGUGCUGCUCAGCACUUCUGAAAAUCAAGCCAUUAGUAUGAAUAUAUAUAUAUACACUUGUUACAGAAAAGCUUAUAAAGCAGCAACUUGGAGAAUGUACACAAAUGCAUUUAAAAUAGCUUUUGAAUUGUACACAUACUAAAUUAAACUAUAUCCUGCAUAGCAAGAUGUUAGAAGAAUUGUCUCGUUCCAAAUUAGAAUAUGAAUGCCAAGUGGUUCCAAAAAUCUGAGUUUAAACUCAUGGGGUUCUCUUUUUCCAUAUUUUCUGUUAGUCAGUAGAGGCUAUGCACGCUCAUCAUGGGGGAGAAUAGAUUGUACAGGUAUAGAUAGUGUGAUGUGUUUUCUGCUGCAGUCGUGCAUUUCAUAGAUUGCACUUUCAUUAGUGUUUUGUCCCUUUGUGAUGAACUGUGUGGCUUUUCCUAACAAUUUCUUCUCUUCCAUGUUCAACUGAACACUCCAUUAAAAAAAUAAAGUUUUCACUCUUUACAGAUAAUUGUAGUAAAUUAAUAUCUUCACAAACUUUAAAUGAAAUUUGAAGACAAUAAUUCUGAGCAAUGAUGUGGAUGUAUCCUGUGUAAGAUACUUUAUAGGUUAUUUUUUGUGCUGUGGGCCAUAUGGCCAAAUUGUAUUUCUUGAAUUUAAUUUGGUUUGAAAUAACGUACAUCUGUCAACAAAUUUGUUCUACCAGUAGGAAACCAGAAGAAACACUUUAUCAUGUAAUGCCCUGUACAUAUAUAAGGUGAGGUCAAAGGAUCCAGGAGCCCACUAACUUAAUGAUGAAUUUGAAAGAAUAGUAAAUUUAUUUCAGCCCUUGCUUUGAGUAGUCUUCUUCCCUGGGGGGUGAAAUUCUGGCUCUAUUGAAGUCAAUUGAAAAACUCCUUUUGACUUCAGCAGUGUCAGGGUUCCACCCCAGUUGCAGAAAGGGGGCAGUCUGAUUCCAAAGUCUUUGGAGGUGAUGCUAAUAAGAGCAAGGGUACUGACAGCUGCCUGUUUCUUUUCUUCCCUUGAAUGUUACUUCCAUAAAAGCAUUUGUUCUGUAAUAUAUAGACACACAAAUACCUUUACCUGAUCUCAACCCAACCUUUUCAAAACUUUGGGUACGUGGGUGGGGUGGGAAAUGUAUCCAUUUGAAUCUUCUGUCGGUCCCUAAAGUAAUGAAUAGACAACAGCUAGAUUGGCCAGUAAUGCCCUCAACAUCACAGAAGGAAAUACAGCAUUACAUUGUAGAAGAAAUGGGCUGACAAUACAGAUUUGAAAAUACAAACCUGCCAUACUUCUUCUUGUUCUGUAGUUCAUAUAUAUUUUUCAUUCAUGUUUUAAAAUUUACCCAACACAUUUAAAAUGUGGUGUUGGCACAUAUCUGCUUACUUCAUGAGAAAAUAGUUAUAGGUAUACACUUCUACCCUGAUAUAAUGCGACCUGAUAUAACACGAAUUUGGAUAUAACGUGGUAAAGCAGCACUCCGAGGGGGCGGGGCUGCGCGCUCCGGCAGAUCAAAGCAAGUUCGAUAUAAUGCGUUUUCACCUAUAACACGGUAAGAUACUUUUUGGCUCCCAAGGACAGCGUUAUAUUGGGGUAGAGGUGGAUUUAAGAACAAACUGCUGAGAGAAGCAUUUAGGCAAGCGGAUUAAAGAUAAAAGUCCAAUGCAGUUUUAUUUGUGAUGGAUUUCAGAGAUUUAUUUUCUAGAAGCCAGAGUUUAAUUUUGUUCAGGUUAUCAUUUAAAUUUAUGGUACUUCAUUGGUUAUAGUUGCACUACUCAGAUCACCUGGUCAUAUUCAAUUUUUUAAUCUAACCACUGUUUUUUAUAUGUGUGACGUGCUAGUUUGGGUACGUGAGGCAAUAUCAUGCUUUCCCAAUAAUAGAGUUUUUAGUUGAAUAGAACUCAUAGUUUAGUAAUUGGUUAUAGGUCACUCUGUAUUAUUAGUGUGGUGUUCUUAAAUUUUUAUAUAAUUGACUUUCCUUAAUAUGGGUUCAAAUAAUUGGAAGUGAUGCUUAAAGGAAAUUUGUCUCGUUCAGAUUUUCUUUUGUGCUCAGGUUGUGAGCUGUUUGAAAUGGAUUCUUUAGGAAACUUUGUCAUCUAGCCUGACAGAUUGCAUAAGAGAUGAGACAAAAAUGUAAGUUGAAAAGAAAAGGAUUCGUUGUUCUGUUAUGUAAAGAAUAUCUCAUUCUUUAUACCUUUUGUAAUCAGGAUUUCACAAUUAGGAUCCAGAUUAUUUUCAUUCUCGAGUACAGUUUUUGACUAAUUGUAUUUGUUGAAAAGUCAGCAACAGCCCAGUAAAGGAACAUUUAUAUGCAAUCAUAAAUCAGCAUGCUAUUUUACGUGUUUGUGUGCAUUUGAGGAAAUUCAGACAGUUUUAUUAUUGAAAUAUUUAAUAAUGAUACAUAAGGAACGUAAGAAGUUACUGUUUUCCCAUAAAAUUAUGGGUUUAUUUCUAGUUUAGCUCUUCAUUACUGUGGGUAGAAUUGGAAAGUGUACAGUGGGAUAACUUUGGGGAGGGGGAUUUAUUCAACAAGGCUGUCUUGAAAUUGGAAAGAAGUUUGAAGAGCUAUUAUUAUUCUAAAUAGGUUGAGAUUAUAUUAACUGCAAUAACAAUCUCUAAAUGUAAGAAAUAUCUGGGAGAAAUGAUGCUUGAAAACUUUCCAUUCUAUCAUGGCUAACUUUAAAAAGUUUAGUGAAUUGCACUGUUAACACGAACAUAAUAUACAUUUCUCAUUGCUAGUUUAUUUUUAACUUAAUAUUAAAAUAUUUAAAAAGAGAAAUCACAGAUGUACACAGAUAUAUAUAUUAUGCUAAUUAUGAAUUUUGCAAAUAGAUGCAUGUUUACAAUGCUAUUUCUGCACUAACUGAAUGUAAUUCUAGUGACAUAUAUACUUUUAAGAAUAAAGUAGGGAAAUUAUAUAUUAUGGGCUGGUUUUGCCCAUGGAAACAAGAAAAUUUAGAUUUUAAAUUUCUAUUCAAUCCUCCUUGCUUUGAUUUCAAACUCUUUUCGAUGCUUUUGGUCAGACUGGACAACUUAAGAAUGAAGUGAGAGAGUCAUGGGCAAAAUUUCUUGAAUUUUCCUCUGAACAUAUUAAAAAUGACUAGUGUAUGACUUAUAUUUAAUUUGGAGGGGUAGAGGGAAGAUAGAAGAACUGUUGAUCUAAUAUUUUAUUAUGUGUGUUGGACUUCAGCACCAAGUAAACUGUAUACAGCCCAAAAAACAACAAGGAAUCCGGUGGCACCUUAAAGACUAACAGAUUUAUUUGGGCAUAAGCUU